CAAUUGAAAAUGAGACAUAAAAAUGAAGUCAACAAUCUCCAAUAAAGAAUCAAAGCAGGAUAGGAUGAAUAAAAAAAAAAUCGUAGCCUCGAACUCGAAAAGUACAAUUUACACAUUCUAUCUUUCUUAGAUUGCUCUAAAAAUAUCAAAACAUCAAAAAAGAAUUGGAAAUCAAAUAGAAAAUGGACAAAUUGGCUUUUGAAGGAUAGUUCACCAAUAAAGGUAGCUCUAAUCAAAGUGUUUAUAUGAGUUAAAUGUGACUCUAUAAAUUCAUAAAGAAAUUUAUAAGUGCCC